CAGGGGUUGUGGGAGCAGUGAAGGACCUGGGGGGUUUAGCCUGGAGAAGAGGAGGCCGAGGGGAGCCCUCAUCGCUCUCUGCAGCUCCGGAAAGGAGCGUGUGGGGAGGAGGUGCUGGGUUCAACUAAGGAACAAGUGGUGGAACGAGAGGAAAUGGCCUCAAGUUGUGCCAGGGAAGAUUUAAACUGGAUAGCAGGAAAAAAAUCCUUCAUAGAAAGAGGAAAUUCUUCACGAUGAGGGUGAUGAGACACUGCAAUGGGUUGUCCAGGGAAGCUGUGGAUGCUGGACGAUCAAGAACAGGUUGGAUGGGGUUUGGAGCCCCUGAUCCAGUGGGAGGUGUCCCUGCCCGGGGCGGGGGUGGGACUGGAUGGGCCGUGAGGUCCUUCCAGCCCAAACCAUCCAUGAUUCUAUGAAUAAGUGAAGCCCUGUGAGAGGCUGCGCAGGGCAGGGCCGGGGCUCCACCCUGGAGGGGUUCAAAGACGCGCGGAGGAGGUGCCCGGGGCUGCACUCGAGCAUCGCCGAACGCUUCAGUGACUCCCGAGGCGCCGCCGGGGCGGCAGGGGGCGCUGGGGGUGCUGCGGACGCCCCUCAUGCCCCUCCCGCCGCACCAUAGAGAUGCGGCCGCUCUGGGCAGCCGCUCUGCGCCGCGUCUCGGUGGUGCUGCCAUGGCGCCCGCUAUGGCGCGCGGCGGAGGGAGGCCUGGCCCGGCCCGCCGGGAGCACCGGACUGUUUACCCGCUCGAAAACAAGGAAGAGGCACAUGACCUGUUCUCAACAGUCUCGAAAGAGCUUGAGCCUGUUCCAUGUGUUCUGCAAGGAGAUGACAUUCAAGCGCUUGCAAUUAAGGUGGAGGACCUGGAGAAACUCCACACACCACACCCUCCCCCUGAUGCUGAGGGAAUUCCAGUUAAGAGGAAAUACUUUGUUCGAAAAUACCGACCCAAAGAGACAAAGAAGGGGGAACAUCUUGUGGCAUAUCCUGCUCUCCCAAAACCACCCAGGGAACCACUGACUUUUUCUGGACAAGGACUGUUUGGUGAUGACUGUGAAGAGAUUCUCCCCCAUCACAUCUUGGGAAGUCUUCAGGAGUUCAAGAUGGAAGCCUUGGCCAGAGGAAACACUCAGCUAGCAGGUUUUAUUGAGGUUUCUCAUCCAGAUAUUGCUGCACCAGCUUUAAAAGAGGAACAUGGAGGGGACAAGAAGAAAAAGGUUCAUCAGAUCCCACCAGCAGAAAACAGAGCUCUGCAGAACUGGCAACAUAAUAUGGCAAUCAGGAAAAAGCAGGAGAAAUAUCUUGGAGAAAUUCUUCAGAGGCCAGAGAAUGAAUUGCUGAUGAGCAUCUCAGAGGAGUACAGGCAAAUCCAGGAAGAGCGUGACCUCGUUGACCGGAUUCUCCCCGCCCUGCUCCCUGGAAAGGGCUACCGAAGAGGAAGCGAGUUCUGGAGCCUGCCCGACCGUAUUGGAGAUGAACUCACGGGCCUGACGCUGACGCUGACUCAGAGGGAGCGUGGCCACCCAGAGCCAAUUAUGCAUGUGGGGAAACCUCACACUGUUCGGAAGGAAAUGGGUCUGAAGACUCCAGAGAAGAUCCCGUUCCGUCUAACCUGGGACAAGAGUCUUUUCCUGAAACAUCGAUGGCAGGAACUAAAAUCUGUCCUAGAGGAGCUAGAUUUUCAUAAGCCGGACCUGGAUGGACUGGAGGUGAUUGGUGAAGGGCGGCCUUUCACAUCCGUUACAACAGAGCCUUCCUCACACUCCACCACUUCUGAGGAGUCUGAGACCCUCAGUUCCCACCUAGAGGACUACCCUGAUGUGAUUUCAGAAGCAACACGGGGUCCGGCUUUGGAUUUCUGUGGCCAGCCUGCUCGUUGGAUUGACUACACCACUCCUUGCAGGACAAGAUCUAGUGAGAGGUGUCCCUGCCCGUUGCAGAGGGGUUGGAACUGGAUGAUCUUUGAGGAUGAAAUUGGCAUUGCUGCCCGGCUCACCUUUGAGAGUUUGGCUGGAGAGAAAGCUGAAAGCUCUCUGACGGUGAGCAACAAUGGCACAACUGCCAUCUGGUAUAGCUGGAUGAGGCUUCCGCAGCAGAUUCCCUCAGGAGAAACCAAGGGGAAGAGUUUGCCGUGUUUUUACUUUGAUACCAGACCAGGUGUAAUUUUGCCUGGAGAAACUAGGAAGUUUUUCUUUCUUUUCAAGUCUGAGGGCACAGGUAUUUUCAGCGAGUCCUGGGAAUUCAGGACGCAUCCUCUCUUACUGGGAGGAGCUCUGCUGCAGGUGACCCUCUGGGGAAUUGCUGUGUAUGAGGAUAAACUGGCUGACCUCAGAGAGCAACUGCAGAAUGACCUGGCUGCUCGAGAAGCUGCUGCUAGAGGCGAAAAGAUUUGUACCCCAGUGCGCACCCCAUCUCCUGUGGACUCCUAUAUCACAGAGGAAGAGUUGUUCCACUGGAGGAAUCCCGAGUUGCAUUAUCAGCAUCGAGUGGUACAGCAGCUGCAUGAACUGUGGAGAAAGCACAAGACUGUUUUCUCAGCCUUUGAGGAGAAAGUGCCCUCGGGCCAGGAGAAGGCUGCAGAGGACGUGCAGUACCAGGAGCGUUCCUCAGAGGCUCUCCCUCCUGGGAACAGCACCACAGAGGUCCCAGGUGGGAAGAACACGCUUGAGGAGGCUCCGGGUCAAAUGACAAACGUGAAGGAGAAAGGACCAGCUCCCUCAGGAUGGAACUUCUCCUUCGAGGACUUUGCUCAGGCUAUAAAGUUGAUCCCCAAGGAGGAGGAGCGCGAAGCAGCGCUGGCCCAGCUCAAUAAGGCGAUGCUGGAGCUGUGUGUUGAACAGAGGCCAACCCAGACAGACCUUCUGCAUCAAACCUGUCUCCAGUUGUGGCGGGAGACAAUCGAUGGCAUGGUGAGUCACUCCGUGAGGCUGCGAUCCCUGCUUGGCUUGCCUGAGAAGGACACCUGGGCAGGAGGCGUUCCAGAGGAAGCAGCGGAAGUAAAGCAAACUAUAAAAGGAGGAAAGGAAGACAGAAUAACUACUAGGAGAGAAGGGAGAAGGUCAUUUCUUGGUAAGGAUAAAGAAGGCAAAAAAAGAACAACAAAGACAGCAGGGAAAGAGAAAGAGGAAGGACCAGACGGCAGAAAAUUAAACAUAAGAGAUGAGAAAAAGCAUAAAUCUUCCACUUCAUUGCUGGAGGUGAAAGAGGGAGCUGAGCCCAUGGGAGCUGUGACUACUGAUGGAGAAGAACCUCCUCGGGAGGAGCUGGACCUAAUUUUGUUUAGAUCAUAUCAGGAAAAACUGUAUAUUCAGGUUUAUGGGCUGCUGGGUUCAAUGGUGAGCAAAAUGGUUGCGUUAUUUGAGGAUCUGGAGGAAAAAGGUGCUCUGAAGUGGGAGAGUAAAACCGUUUGUGACUAGAAAUAGACUUAAAUAAAUAAAUAUCCAUAUUUACCAACCAAGUGGAGAUUUUUCUUUCUGAAGUGAUGCCCUGGUUACAAGUACUGUGCUGCCUCUUUUCUGACAUGCUGGGAUGUGAGACUGUUGCUAGCUCAUCUGUUAGUGCUGCAGACAGUCGGUUGCCAACAAGAGACAAGGCAAGAAAUAUCACAGCCUCAGAAACCGUUAAAGAGUAGAAAAUGCUGGCAUUCCUGCUAAGGAAGAAGAAUUUAAAAGCGCCAGUCAACAUGAGAUAUGUCUUGUUCUUUCAUUCUUGAUCUUGCUUGGCUCACAGGAGGGCAAGCAGAGCAUCCCUUGUACUCGUGAGCUCAAGCACAGGAUAGUAACUAAGAAAAAUCCAUCCUAUUUCUGAUUAUAUUCAUGACUGCUUGUCCAGCCUCCUCUUGGGACUACCGCAAGGGCUGUGUCGCCCUGCCUGCUUUUGCACCCAUGAGUUUGUUUCUUUUGCUGACCUUGCCAUCUCUUUCCUUCCAGCUCAAGGUACCCAUGCCCCAUUUGGAGCCAGCUCUUACUUGCUUCCCUCCGACACUAAUCACUGUUGAAUUAAAAUGAGUGAAAUUCAUGCUGUAAAUGUUUUGAGCAUGGUAAGGCCCUGGGUUAGAGCCUCCUGUCUCUGCUGGUCUGCAUGUGUGUCUGGGCUCAUCGCCACUUUCUGUCUGGGUUUCCUUUUGCAGCACAGCCGGAACAGAGCUUUUUGUGGAGGCAUCCCAGGCCGGAGCGUCGCCCGCUCCGCAGGGUUGGAGCCGGUGUCAGAGGCAGAGCGAGCUGGGUGCAGGGUCUUGACCGGGCAUCGAGAGGCGCUUGGCGUGUGUCAGUAAAGUACUGUCUUCCUGC